UCUUACAACAAUGUUAUUUAUUUAUAAAUAUGAAAAUUUGUAAUAUUAAUAAUAUUAUAUGAUAUUAAUAAUAUAUUUUAUAUUCUUAAUUAAUUAACAGUUAUAAAAUCACAACCACAAAUAAUGUACAUGUAUCAUUAAACUUAUAAAUAUAAUAAUGGCAUUUUCAUUUCGUAUUGGUACCAAAUGGUGCCAUGAUUUUCCAAAAUUAGCAAAGGAAUCUGGAUUUUAUUUUAAUAUGCAUAGAUCCAGAAUAAGAGUAGAUUGGAAUCGUAUAAGUAAUAUAGAUAUAGAUCGAAUUAUAAAAGAAAGAGAUUUUCAUUCUAUUGAUGAAAAUAUAAACAAUGUAAUAGAUUAUUGUUUAGAAAGUGAAUAUGAUGUUAAAAUCUUGGAUCCAAAUUUUGUAAAACUCUUUUGUCUUGCACAGUUAGCAGUUGAAUAUUUAUUAUAUUGUAAACAAUAUUUAGAUCAUAGUGUAAUGAUAUUAAAAGAUGAACUAAAAUUAAAAAUUGAAGAAAAUGUUAAAUUAAAAAAAGAAAUAGCUACUUUAGAAGAAAUAGUGAAACAUAUGAAAGAAAAAGUAAAAGAAAAAAGUAAAUUAAUAGAAACUAAAAUUGGAGAUACUAAUGGUGAAAUAUAUAAAUGUCCACAUUGUCCAAAAUCUUUCAUAUCUUCUAUGUUUGUUAGUGCACAUAUUAUACGUCGUCAUACACUUACAUCAGAUUUAUAUAUGUCUGUUUCUCCUAUACAUGAGCAUUAUCGCAAUGAAACUGAAAAGUUACAUAAUGAAAUAAAAAACUUAAAAGAAAGAUUAAAUGAAACGGAAAAAGUAAUAAGAAAUGAAUCUGAAAGAAUCUGUGAUAAAAAGAUAUUGAAUUAUAAUAAAAAACAAACUGAAAAUGAAAUUGAAAAUCUUAAGUAUGAUAAUAACAAAUCUAAAGAACAUUCAGAAUAUAAAGAAUAUCAAGAAGAAAUAAAAAAUUUAAAAAUCAUGCUCUUUGAUGAAAUACAUAAUUUAAGACAAAAAGAGAACAUUAUGUAUGAACGUACAUCUGAAACAAAUGUCCAAGCAUUAAUAAGUCAACAAGAAAAAGAAUUUCAAAAAUUAAAAAAUCAAUUACUUGACAAAUUUACUCCAGACAUAGAAAGCAUGCAUACAAAGUUAUAUGAUCAAGAAAAUUAUUGGAAAUCAAAAAUAGAACAAUUAGAAAAUCAACAUCAUAAAGAUAUUGAAAGACUUACUACAGAAUUGAAAUUGACACAAAAUGCAGCUGAUGAUAUGAAAGCUAAAUAUGAAGCAAAAGUUAAUGAUUUAGAACGUCAAACGGCAAAUCAAUCAAAUAUUUUAAUUGAACAAAGUAAACAAUUAAGUUCCUUAUCGCACGAAAUAAAUAUUUCACAAUUAAAUGUAAGAAAUAAAGAUUCGAAAAAUAAUUCUUUACAAAAAUGUAGUCCAUCUAUAAUAUUAGAUAAUGAAAUUUCAAAAAAAUCUGAUGAAAAUAAUUUAAAACAAAGUUGUGUGGAUACAACAAUUGAACAAAUUAUUACUGAAAAUAAUGCAAUAGGCACUACAAUUACUUCAAAUUUAUCAAGUAAAGUAUUUCCAUUAACAAUAGAAGAUACAGAUUUUUUAAAAGAUACACAAAUUUUAAAUUCUAAAAAUAAAUUCAUUGUUCAUGAAAAUAAGAGAAAUAUUAAACAAAAAUAUGAAAAAAUUCCAGAUAUCGAAAACUUCGAUCAUAUAAAAAUUAUCAAAAAAGAUUUAGAAUAUUAUAAUUCAAGUAAUAUUUCAGAUUUAGAAGAUUCAAUACUUGAAGAAGAAAAUAAUUCUAAACAUAGAAAAUAUAAUCAAUCAAUUAUAAAAAUGGAUUUACACAAAUCUGAUAUAAGUAAGCUAGAAAAUGCUAUUAAUAAAAAUACAUCUAAUGACUUUUUAUCUGACAUUAAAAAUAUCAAAACAUUGAAAUCUAUAGAAGAGAAUUUAUCUUCUGUAACAAAUUCAGAAUCAUUUAUUUCUAAUUCAAGUAUAGAUAAUGAUACUACAAUUCACAAUGAUUCCUCAUUGCAUAAAUAUAAAACACAAUUACCAUUUUCUUUAAAAUCUAAAAAAAUAACAGAACAUAAUUAUAAGAGUUUGCAGGCUAAUUUAAUGGAUGUUUUUGAGCAAAAAUUAAAAGAUUUAGGAAUAGAUCCAGAAUGGCAAGGAAUACCAAAAACAACUUUUAAACAAAAAAUGGAUAUUUUAAAACAUCAUCAUAAACUAGCUAUAAAAAAAUUACCAAAAUAUCAUCAAAUUAAGUUAAAAAUAAUCGAAGAAGUUCUCAAUAAAAUAUCUAAAAAAGAAAAAAUUAUAGAAAAUAUGAAACUAUUUAAAAAUAAUAAAAAGUUAUCUUUAUGUAGACCAAUAAUAAAAGAAUUAAGCAAUCAAAAUUCUGAUUCUCAUAUUUCUACAUUACAAGCAAUAACAUUAAAGGAAUAUUAUUCUACACCAGAAACUAAAGAUUCUAUUAAAAAUAUAACUGAAAAUGAAUCACUACCUAUAAAAACACAAAUUGCAAAUUACAAAACUGUAGAAGAAUUAAUAGAUAUUUCUCCAAAUUCAAUAAAAUCUUUGGAAAGUAUACAAGAUACUACAAAUUUACAAGAGUUUUUAAUAAAAAAAGAUUUUUUGAAUGAAAUGAAACCUAUAUUCAAUUCUGAAACAUUCAAAGUAAUAUCAAAUAAUAAAACUAUAUCAAAUUACAAAUCUACUGAAAACAAUGAUAUAAAUAAUUCAAAUAUACAACAAGAAUUACAAAAUAUUUUUAUAUCACCUAAACAUAAUAAAAGUGUUCUAAAAUCUACAACUGGUUCAACAAAUAGUUUGAUAAAAAAAAAAGUUAUUUUUGAUCUAACAAAUAAAAAGGAUAAAGAAUCAUAUUCUGAUGAUGAUAAAGAUAAAAAAGAAUUAUAUGAGAAUACUUUAAGUAAUUCUGAUGAGCGAAAAUAUUUAUCUCAAUUAGAAGAUUAUAAAGAUUCAAGUAAUAUCAUACUAAAAACUGCACAAAGUGAUAAAAUAGCAGAACUAUCAAAAAAACUUGAAAUACAGUUAAAUAUGGUGAGACAAAAACCUAUAGGAUCUGUUGAAACAAUAUUUUCUUCAAAGUAUAUACAAAAUAAAAAAAAUCAAAAUAAGAGCAUUGAACAAAUCAAUCCUACUAGUAUAAGUUCUUUUGUAAUAAACCCAGGUCAAAUGUCUUUAUCAUAUACUAAAAAACCAAAUGAUUUAUCACAACCAGCAUCAUAUAAUUUAACAGAUAAAAUGUCUGAAAUUUUACAUACAGAAUCUGUAUCAGAAAUAUCAGAUUUAGAUUCUGACAUAGAUAAAAUUUUAAAAUUAGAAUAAGAUUUAGAUAAGAUUAAGAUUAAGAUUUGUAUAACGUACGAUAUUGAGACAUUUUUUUCUUGUAAAAAAGAAAUAUAGAAUAAAAUUUUUUUAUUCAAGGCUUAGUUUUCAAAGUAAUCGAUUUUAUAUCUAUUACAUAUAUAUGUAUUUACAACUAAAAUAUG